UUUCCUUUCAUGGUUCACGUGAACACAAAACACAACAGAAAAGAACAAACAGAAGACAAGUGAUCCACCCACUCCUAACUCCCAUUCCUAAUCUUACUUUUCUAUUUUUCUUGUUUAUUAAUAUUCCUUUCCAUCCCCAAACUCACAACACAACCAAUUAUCCUCAUUUUUCUUCUUCUUCUUCUUCUUCUUCUUCCAUGGCCACCACAAUCAGAACCAGAACCAGUAGUAAUGGUCAUAGUCAUGGUAAUGGUGGUGGCCUACUUGUGAAUCUGAGGCUGCUGGGACUGCUACUACUUCUUCUUCUUCAACUUGGUCAGCUGGCUUACUCUCUUGAAACCCAAAACCAAAAUACCCAAAAGCAGCUCAACCUAUGGCCAAUGCCCAAGCAUGUCAACUACUCCACUUCCACUCUCUUCAUUCCCUCUCAUUUCCACCUCAUUACCCAAUACGCCGACGUUUCCUCCAUUCUCAAGGACGCCUUCGCCAGCCUACUCACUCUCAUCAAUCUCCCUCGUGCUACUGCUAACAACUCCAAAUCCAAAUCCCCUCUUCUUCUUCUUCAAGGCUUAAACGUCGUCGUCUCCUCCACCAACGAACAGCUUCAGUAUGGGGUGGAUGAGUCUUACCACCUGUCUAUUCCUCAACCAGACCCCUCCAAACCCCUUUAUGCAUAUCUCCAGGCAAACACCGUCUACGGUGCUUUACACGGACUACAGACCUUCAGCCAACUAUGCCGUUUCAACUCUAAAACCAAGACAGUCGAACUCAAUAGGGCCCCCUGGACCAUUAUCGAUGAGCCCAGAUUCUCUUAUAGAGGUCUCUUGAUUGAUACAUCUCGACACUAUCUGCCUCUGCCGGUGAUAAAGAGUGUCAUUGAUUCCAUGGCCUAUGCAAAGCUGAAUGUCUUGCACUGGCACAUUGUGGACACUCAGUCUUUUCCUUUGGAGAUACCUUCCUAUCCCAAACUGUGGAAUGGUGCUUAUUCUAAUUCAGAAAGAUAUACCAUAGCAGAUGCCACAGAAAUUGUCAGCUAUGCUCAAAGACAAGGGAUUAACGUAUUGGCUGAAAUUGAUGUUCCAGGACAUGCUGGGUCAUGGGGAGUUGGCUACCCAUCUCUGUGGCCAUCUAAGGACUGUCAGGAGCCACUUGAUGUUAGCAAUGAGUUCACCUUCAAACUAAUUGAUGGAAUUCUUUCAGACUUCAAGAAGAUCUUUAAAUUUAAAUUUGUGCACUUGGGAGGUGAUGAAGUUAAUACAAGUUGCUGGAGGACCACACCUCAUAUAAGAAAAUGGUUAAGAAGGAAUGGUAUGAAUGGAUCUGAAGCUUACCAGUACUUUGUGUUGCGAGCACAACGCAUAGCUCUAUCUCAUGGAUUCGAAAUUGUUAACUGGGAAGAGACGUUCAAUAACUUUGGCAAAAAAUUGAGCCGACAGACAGUGGUGCACAACUGGCUCGGAGGUGGUGUUGCUCAGAAGGCAGUUGCAGCUGGGUUGAGGUGCAUUGUGAGCAACCAGGACAAGUGGUACUUGGAUCAUUUGGAUGCUUUAUGGCAAGAUUUCUAUUCAAAUGAACCGCUCACAAAUAUCACAAACCCCAACCAACAAAAAUUAGUUAUUGGUGGCGAGGUCUGUAUGUGGGGAGAGCACAUUGAUGCCUCGGAUAUUCAGCAAACCAUAUGGCCCCGCGCUGCUGCAGCCGCAGAGCGGUUAUGGACGCCUUAUGACAAGCUGGCGAAGGAUCCAAGGGAGGUUACUGGAAGACUGGCGCAUUUUAGAUGUUUGCUGAAUGAAAGAGGAAUUGCAGCUGCCCCAUUAGCUGGACCAGGUAGGGUUGCUCCUGAGGAACCUGGCUCUUGCUACCAGCAAUAAUAAUAAUAAAACCAUCUUUAGAGCAUUCAUUUGAUUUGAAAUGGCCUUUGAUUUAGGAAUCAGACAGCUUUUCUCUUCUUCAUUAUUAUGGAAAAAGGAUGUGACCUCUUCUCAUGUUAGUGCAUUGAAAUCAGUACAUGAAUGACAGGUAUGCACACUCAUGAACAGAUGUGAGGUGCAAAGAAAAUGUAUUAUCACUAUUAUUAUUAUUAUUAUAAAAAAUAAUUAAUAAUUAAUAAUGAGAAUAGGAGAGGAGUGAAUUCGAUUCAAGAUGGAUGGAAAUUUGGCCACUAGCUUGUGUUCUACAUUAACAACCAUGUCAAUAAUUUAGAUGAGUGAGAGUGACGUUUCAUUCAUGUAGAACUAUUUUCACAUUGAAUAUGUUACAACAUAAUUGGCAUUGUUGACAAUA